AUGAAUGAGGCAUUGAAGAGAAAUAAAGCAUUAUUGAAGAGAAAUGCUAAUGAUAGGGAACAUCCUCGCGUCAUACAAGACGAUGCAUGGUGUCGAAUUUGGUUCAAGCAAGACGACGAGUAUAAACUCCCGAUAGCUGUGACUAGGGUCGCACUCAUCUCUCCAAUGGUGAUGAAGUCCCCAGAAUCAGAAGUGCUCUUGAAAGUGUUCUCACUAUGUUUGCAAGACGCUUUGAUGGGCGAUGUUGCGAAUGCGGCGCUGGCUGGUCUCAACUGCAACAUAAAAGAGGAAGAUUUCGGGCUGCUACUGGAAGUGAGUAGUAGUUAUUACGUUGACAGGAAGAGGGUGUAA